UUGGCCAACAUCCUCCAUGGCUACGCCGUCUCGGACGUGGAGACGGGCUACUGUCAGGGGCUCAGUUUCAUCGCCGGCAUGCUCCUCAUGCACGUGAGCUCAGGAAGUGUGCAUAGUGUUCAAGUCUUAAAUAUGACCAAGGACGAGGAGUCGGCCUAUGAACUGUUGUGUCAGAUGAUGUUUGUCUACAGCUAUAGAGACGUGUACUCCAGGGACCUCUCCGUACUACAGAUACGACUGUACCAGUUGUCUCGUCUCCUCCAUGACGUCCUGCCCACCCUCCACAGUCACCUUGGAAUGCACGAGAUUACUCCGUUCUACUACGCAGCGCCGUGGUUUCUCACCCUCUUCUCCUCCCAGUUCCCCAUCGCCUUCGUCGCCAGAGUCAUGGAUCUCUUCUUUCUUGAUGGACCUGACAUUGUGUUCAAGGUGGCGGUGGCUCUGCUGCGAUACUACGAGUCCCACAUCCUCCGCUGCACCACAAUGGAGUCAAUCUCCGAGUUCCUCAAAGAGAGCAUGCCUCAACUGGUCCUCAACCACGUGACCACCAUUCUAGAAGAUGCCCACCGCAUGGACCUGGAGUCGAAACUCCAGAACUUUGAGACGGAGUACUUUGUUCUCGAAGAACUAACGACCAGUUUCAGCGUGGAGCCGGAUGCGCAGGACCUCGGCUCUCUAAAUGAGAGCUACAGAAAUCACAAUAAGGAGUUGAUAGAGCAGCUGGCACUCUGCCGAGGGAUGAUUGGUAAUCUUCAGAGCGACGUGGCAUCUCUCAAGGAGACUGUGAGAGAACAGCAGAAGAAGAUCAAUAGACUAGAGGCCGCACAAGGCUUGCCGACAGCCCUCUCUUCUCCUGAGACCAGGAGCCCACCAUUGGAGACCAAAAGCCUACCACUGACGACCAAGAUUACGCCACUGGGGACCAAUAGCUUACCACUCUUGACAACUGCCAACAGUCUACAACUGGAGACCAACAGUCCACCAUUACAGGCCAACAAUCUACAACUGGAGACCAACAGUCCACCAUUACAGGCCAACAGUCUACAACUGGAGACCGACAGUCCACCAUUACAGGCCAACAGUCUACAACUGAAGACCAACAGUCCACCAUUACAGGCCAACAGUCUACAACUGGAGACCAACAGUCCACCAUUACAGGCCAACAGUCUACAACUGGAGACCGACAGUCCACAACUGGAGACCGACAGUCCACCAUUACAGGCCAACAGUCUACAACUGGAGACCAACAGUCCACCAUUACAGGCCAACAGCCUAUCACUGGAGACCAACAGUCCACCAUUACAGGCCAACAGCCUACCACCCCAGCCAGGUCCAGAGAGCGAUGGUGAAGAGAGCAGCGAGCUCCCACUACCAACUCCAGUAGCAGACAACACCACCCCACCUACCACCUUACCCAUUCAGAUGGAUCGACCCUCUCAAGAUCACUAAUUAGCACGUGCCUCACUAGCUAGUACUUUGUGUUUUUGAACUGUGCCUGCACUGCACCACUGCCUUUGUGUUUUUGCAACAGACCUACACAUUGACCCAACACAUUGUUUAUUCCCUUUUCUGUUUGUUUGCCACUUUUCGUUAGCACCGCAGACCUUUGUGUACGAGUUC